AUGGCUGAACCUCAGGAUGGAAAGCCGGCGCGCUAUCGUUCGCAACGAAAGGCUCCAGCUACUUCUACACCGCAAACAACAGCCGACGAAGGCAUAGGUAGAAGCAGGUCUCGCUACCACAAAACACGCCCUGGUGCUGCCCAUACUCAGGAACAACAACCCCUCCACGAUUCCACGAACGAAGCACCUAUUUUUCCGACUAGAAGUCGUUCCACUCGUGGCAGUCGUGGUAGAGACGGAUCACGCGACGUAGAAGCUGGCGCCCUCGAUUCUGGUGAUGAUGGCUACGGAAGCAUGCGAUCUCAACACAAGAGCUUGGAAAAGUCAAAAUCUCCUCCGACAGAAGACAUAAUGGCCAGGGCAAGAGCUCAAGCUCCUACACAAAUCCGCGCAAAAGUCGAGAACUUCAUACCCGAUCAGGAAGAGGGCGAAGUCUCGGCCGAAGAAACAGCUGGCUGUUUUGGAAUGUUCGGUCGUAAAAAGAAGAAGAACCCAAGUCGAAAUGCUGCUGCCAAACCGCUCAAUUCUCGUCCAGCCGUAAGCAAGCCGGAUGGGCCUCCAGUUAUCAGACCAGGUGGUGGUGGCAUAGUGCCCAUGACAGAUGCACCCAUUUCAGCACUGAAUGGCGCACAAGAAGGAAGCAGAUGUAACGGAAGACCCGCUUUCGAACUGCCCGUCGGGCCAACAACUUCUGCUGCAGAUCUCAUAGCAUCAGCCGCCAACUGUUUAUCCGAGCCUAUUGACCUCAAGACAUCCGUUCUUCUUGAAAAAUUCACGUCAAAGGUGGAUGUGACACGACCGCUAAGACGCUAUGAAUACGUUUUCGAUGUUAUGAACUCUUGGGACGAAGAUGGUGACAAUUCGUUGCAGAUCGUGCCUGCUCACGUUUUGACUAGCAAUCCAAGCAACCUGAGUCUCGCCAACGUUCCUCGUGAGAAACCAAGAGAAGCUUCGUUCUUGAUGCAGCAUUCGCAAAAACCAGGCACCUGGAACAAGCGUCUGAUCACCAUCCGUCAAGAUGGUCAACUCGUUGCUGCUAAGCCCAACAAAGAGUCAGAAACCACCAACAUCGGUCAUCUCACUGACUUCGAUAUCUACAAUCCUACAGCUAGAUUCACGUCUAAGAUGCUAAAACCUCCAAAGAAAAUCUGCUUUGCCGUUAAGAGCCAACAAAAGUCUGUCAUAUUCCAACAAGACUCCAAAUCAGUAUACGUCCAUUUCUUCUGUACAUCCGACGAAAUUCUUGCCAAUAGCUUCCACGACGCCGUACAGAGCUGGCGCAGUUGGUAUCUACAUCAUGCCAAGGAUGAGGGUAAGAAGAAGACGGCUUCUGGACUGGGUCGAUCCUCUAGCAAAGCGACAAAACAGCCAAAGCAACCUGCUCACGCUCACCAACCCUCAACUGGAUCGAUGGAUGCUCACUAUCAACUGGGCAGCUACAAACCGCUCAUGGACCUUGAGAAGUUUGAAAGACCCUCUUCGUCAAGGGGCCAAGAUACCGCAUCCGGUGCUCCUGCACGGAAACCUUCAGUACGAGAGCGUGCAAGCCAUCCCUCUGUUUUAUCCCAACAGCAGAAACUGGCGGAUGAUGAACCUCUUGGCAAGUUUGCAGGAAACAGAAGAGCUUCGGUCGAUCAAGAUUCUUCUGAGAGAGAAGCAUUUGCAGGAGAUGGAUUGCUCGGCAGAAGUUACUCUACUCGUCAAAAAGCUGCCGCAGAACGAGAAGCUGCAGCGAAAAAUCCCUGGGCCACAGGUCCUUCGUUGCUAAGCGGCAAUCAAGCAGAAACACUGACUCGCCAAGGCUCUGUCAAGCGAACAGGGUCUACACGGCGUACUGAAGGCCAUGGCACUGAUCUCAAGCAUCGUCCUUCCACUCGUGAGCGUCUCAUGGCAGCUGAUGACGGACUCAAGCGGUCUGGAUCAACCCGCGCAAAGGAUCCGGCAAAGCCGCUGAUUGAUCUCACUCCCAAAUACCAGCCGCCACCUCAACAUUCGAGGAAAGGUAGAGGUGUCCAUCCUGACCAAGUUGGACCUGGAGGAUUGAUCGACAAUGCAACGACUCCCGAUCAGCCUUAUCAAAUUCCAUCUUCUCAUGAUUGGCGUGGUAAUCGAGCCAGUGGCCCUACAGCAGCCAGCGCAGGAGUUAGUCGCCAACGAUCCUUGGCUCAAAGACCUGGGCAUGACUCAACCGACGAUGCUUUUACCGGUUAUGGUCUUCUAAACAACGCUCGCGGUGGCUAUGAUGGUAAAGCUUCUGUCGGCAGAGGUGUCAUGAGCGGCAACAGAAACGCACGAGAGCCCAUGAUUGAUGUGUCGGAAGAGGGUAAGUACGUCUCCGGCAGUCUCCUUAACCAGGUUGCCAGGAAAGAAAGAGAAGAAGGCAGAGGUGGACCUGUCAUUGAUCGCAGCAGAUAG